AUGCUGCAGCGCACCGGCGUCUCGCGCUGUUUCGGCAAGGCGCUCUACGGACCCUCGUCGACUCUCCCCGGUGACUUCUACCACUGCUGCGCGGCGCACUUCAAAGUGCACCUACACGAGGAGACCUUCAUCGGCACUCGGUCUUCGCAGCUCCGCGGCCUCUUCCUCUCCCACUCCCGCACCACCCCGCUGCCGGCCAACAAACCACUCGCCACCAUCCCCCUCUCAGCGCUCUUAACUGUGUCGAAUAUGGCGACGAUGCCCAAUGGCCUACCGCACAUAACGCUGGCGAAGGUGCGGGACGCCAUCGCGGAUGAUGAGUUCCGCAUUAUGGCCCCGCAAUUCUACCUGGGGCUGCAGAUGAGCGCCAUCAUCGCUGCGAUUCCUGACAUAACACGCGUACGCUCGGCCGUGGAGGUGAGUCAGGCAGCACAGAUUCUAAGCGCCGGAGCCACGCCGUAUGCCCGCAUGCUGGACGAUGAAGACUUCAACGAGGAAUUCGUGUUUGGUAUGUAUGGCAUGGCCCUCGACUCGUGGCAACGCGCGAGCUACGAAGAGAUGACCAAGAAGUACCAUCUUGCUCUGACAGCCAUCCAUGAGACCUUUAACCUGCCCUUCAAAAUCGAGCACCUUCAGCGCAUCACACGGCUGGUGCUGGCGCGAGUGGAGCAUGUGCCACCCUCCGACUACUACGGCGGGAGCCUUUUUCUCCGGCGACUGCAGCGUCGGUGGCGACGAUUGAGGAAGAUACCGGAACCAGCGGAGGUGGCGCUGGUGCCGUACUUGGACCUCGUGAAUCACAGCAAUCGGCCGAACUGCGCCGUUCGCAUUGGCCCCUCCUCCGUGCUCGGUGGUGAGGGCGCCAUCACCCUCGUCACGCUGCGCGACGUGCUGCCGGGGCAGGAGCUGUGCCGGCAUUACAACUUUGCGCUGAAUCGAGCGAGUGCGCUCUUCCGCUACGGCUUCUUGCCGUUUGACCUCAUCUCCAUCGUCGACCACGAUGCCGUGGACGAGCACGUCAUGAAGUCGCGGGACAUGUUCCGGCCGAAGUCGGAGGAACAGCUGGAGCAGCAGCGGCAGGAGGCCAAGGAGGUGGCGCGGCUAGAGAAGUUGUUCCAAGCUGCGAAGCAGAGACGCGGCGACAGCGGCGCAGGGGUCGGCGCCUCAAGUGCCUGA